AUGUCUACUCCCGGCAAUUGGACUAUAUUCAGAUACGUUCGAGAUACGUACGGAGACUCUGCCCUGGCCGCUGCUCGUCGAUACCUUAACCUAGCGACCAAAGUGAUCAGAUUCCAGUGCCAUCUUCGCUUCAAUCAAGUGUGUCUGAACCAGCAUGUGGUCCCUCCUGCUCUCCGUUGCAAACCUCUGGUGGACACAGCAUACGGACGACGCCUGGCCAAAUCUUACGAAAGGAAUUGCCUGAGGGCCCGCACUCAAGAAAACAAAGAAAUCAUCUUCAAGACGAGGAAACAACUUCACGCCGCUGAAAGGAACAUUCAACGGUUUUUGGAUAUAAACGACUUCAGCAGGAUCAUCAUCGCACGUAAGGAAGCGGAGCUACUUGAACACAAACGGCGAUCAGCAGAACACCAGCACAAGCUUAGUGUGCUUUGCCCGAAAUAUUCCGGGCUGGACGACAGUACAACUGUGAUCAACCUCUCUUCCAAACGACUGGACGACGACCACACCUCCGUGCUAACUAAAGGUAUGAACUACGCCAUCAUUCCCCGAAGCAUACCUGUUAGCGAGAUUGUGUCGGAAGUAGAAGACAGACUGCGGCAAGUCAAAGAUAGAACAGCAGCCAUAGCGGCGAGGAACAAAGUAAUCGGAAUACUACAGAACGCAAACCUUCCGCCUAAAAACAUCACAAAAGCUGAACAGAAUGCUCUAAAAGACCUUCGCAACGACGAUACAAUUGUUAUUUUGCCCGCCGAUAAAGGCAAAGCGACUGUGAUACUGAAUCGUGACGAUUACGACAGCAAGAUGGAGUCCAUCCUUCAAGGCCGCUCCCAUUUCAGCGAACUAUCGGGUGACCCAACAGCUGCAUCUGAGAGAAAGAUUGUUGCCGCGCUCAGGAAACUCAGAACUAAGAAACUAAUUACGGACAGUCUGUACUGGAAACUUUUCACCUCCGACAGAGCGACACCGAAGAUAUAUGGCCUACCGAAAGUUCACAAGAACAAUUGUCCUCUGCGCCCCAUUGUGUCCUUCAUAGGUGCACCGUCCUAUAACGUGUCUAAAUUCCUGGCUGAACUGUUGGCACCUUUAAUGUACAAGAACGACCGGUCGGUGAAGAACUCUGCGGAAUUUUGUGAGCUCAUCCGUGACAUCCGCAUAGACGAUGGCGACGUCAUGAUGUCUUUUGAUGUCAUCUCCCUGUUUACAAACGUGCCCAUUGACGUAGCUCUGUCCGUAGUUCGAACGAAGCUGAGAGCUGACGUUGACUUAGAAGACCGCACUGAUCUUUCAGUUUAA